UAACGGUGCUGUCAAGCUUCAUAAGGUGGCUACGUUCUGCACGUCAUAUUUAGGCACAAGAUAAUUUGAAUAAUUUGUUGCUAAAUUGCUUGGCAGAGCUAAUUAGAACAGCUCUUGAAGUUCUGCAAAUAAAAUGUCACAUUCUGAAGAAAAUGAAGACAAAGUGAUCCCGCUGACAAACCUGGAAAAUGCCCAAAAGGAAGAUGAAAAAGCAUUUAGAUAUUCAAGGCGCAAUGGACAUCACACCAUGGCCGCAGCUGCUUCGUCCGUGAAUCUUGGGAUAACUGAGCCAUCAGAGGCUUCGCAAGACAUUACAAAACACUGGAUGCAAUGCAGUGCGCCCAAUGAAAAAGCAAGAUCCCUUUGUUUUGGUGCAUAUAUAUUAAAAAAAUCAAUUAAUAGCCUUCUCAAAUACUGCACAUUAAUUUCAGGUGAUGCAACCAGCAGAACUUUAUCAAAAAGCUUAAGUGUUCGAAAAGCAGUCCCGAAAACAUCUUCCAGCCAAUCCAGUUUUGUUUACAAACCAUUCACUAUGUCUUCUGCGCGAACGUCUAGUUCGCAAUCACAAGAAUUAUUAAGGAAAGAAAAUUAUAGAUUUGAGAGUAGUGCUACAGGCCUAGACGACGACGGUGAUUCCAAUGACAUAUUUUGCUCCACAAUGAAAGACCCCCAGGAUUUUCCAACAUUUUUAUCAGAUGAGUGCGAAAUUGACAGUAUGGAUAGCCUAAAAAAAAAUAAGAAUCCCCAAAACAGAUCUGCGAAAUUCACGAUAACUGCUUAUGCGGACAAUGCUAAAGAUCAUUUUUCGGAUCUUGAGGUGAACAACUUAAUAGACGGAAAUCACAAAAAAAAUAAUAUUGGAGUAACACUGAAAGCGCAGCAAAAUCAAGUUCAACCUGUGGACAAGGGCUUAUAUGUAAAAGAAUCCGAGAAGGGAAGCGAUCACUUUAUCUGUCAACAGCAAAAAAAGAAUAUAUUGGAAACUGGUGAAUUAUCCGAAGAUGACACCUCCGAAGAGCAGAAGGUUCGAUGUGCUUACAAGACAUCAGAUCUGGAGGAUGGUGAAGUGUCCUGCGAAGGUUUGGAUGUCCCGCAUAACUUGAUUAAGAAAACGUCACUUUGCCAGUUUGAUAAUACUAUUUUUAAAAAGAGAAAUAUAUCGGUGGAUAAGAAACAUGAUCAGGUUGAAUCUGUUGAUUUGGAAGAUGGCGAACUUUUCGGAGAAGAUAAUGAAGUCUCAAGUAAUACUAUUAAAAAAGAGGAUAACAGAAUGCCCUUUUGUCGUUAUCACAUCCGCAAUUCCUGCAUUUGGGGCCAAAAUUGUCGGUUUCGCCAUCCAAAUUUGAACAAACUGGGAAAAUAUGUAAUGUUUGAAAAAAAAUGUUUGCCAGUGCCUACAGUGACUUUUCCGCCAGUUUUAGUUAAGGAAUUAGAGAAAACAUGUAUUAAUACAGUGUGGUCAACAUGUGUCUUACCAGCUAGGGAUACCUACCCAAUGGCAGUGAUCGAGACAAUGUCGAGGAUGCCUGAGAGCCGAGAUAUAUCGUUCGGCAUGAACAACAUGGAUAACGAUCCCUACUACACACAGAAUGAGCCAGAGGUGGACAAGCGUGCUCCACUUCUUCCAACGCCGACCUUCAGUGAACUAUUAACAGAGCAGAAGCAAUAUCAUAACUCAUUGGCAGGGAAUCGGCCUGUCCGUACCCCUUCGCCCGCUAGAUAUUCUCGGAAUCUGCGAUCUACUGUUCAGGCCAAUAGAUCGUCCUUCUUGACGUGCUUAGAGAAACGAGAUCGUUCUCCAAGACUGCCUAGAUACUCUGCCAGCAAAAAUCCGCAACCUCAAAUUUCAUUAAGCAAUAUACGAAGACCUUCCAGCAUAAUUGUACGGCUCGAACGAAAACGACAACGACUUGGCGACAGCACUUUCAGUUCUAGCGACUCCUCUGAGUCCUCUAGCUAUGAAUCCACCACAGAAAGCACAGGUGAUGUUUCAUCUUUCUCCGAAUCUGAUGCACGGGGUGAAAAAAAUAGCUUAUCUUCAUUGGGAAUACCGAUAAAAAACAUGAAACGAAACGAAGAAAAGUUCUCAUCUGAUGCAGUUGCUAAAUUUACCGCAAAACGAAAACACUCUUCAAAAUUCACGAAUCAAAAACAAACUUUUUCAAAGCUGUCGACGAAAACUCCAUUAAGAAAUCCGCCAAAUGUGUUACCCAAUGCACCGAAGAAACCUCACAGCAUAUUGGAGAGCUCUUACAGUAUCAAAAAGAAGCAGGAUCGCCAGAAACGUUUGCUAAUGCAACUGUUGCGCGUAGAGCAGCAAAUAGCGAAGAAGAAGAAGCAUCGAAUGAAAGCAUUUAAAGAGUAAUCUGUUAAAUAUCGAAUCGUUAUUUAAGUUGUCUAAUAAAACCAAAUUAUCAUUCAAAAUGUUAAACGAUGGAU